GAUUCCGCUCACUGGCGCUACAUUUAGCAUAUUCUUGACAUCGUCAUUUAUUUAUAUGCAUUAAUCAGGUGAUUUCAAACUCAAUAUUGAUUAAAAAGCAUUUUAGAUAAUUUUAAAUGUAUUUUUUUAUUAUAUUAAAGUAUUAUUUAUCUACGUAUGAGUAUUAAUAUAAAUGUGUGCUGUUCAAAGGAAGUAUGGUAAACAAGGCCCCUGACAACAAUUUAAACUCCAUGGACCCAACUCCAAACACUCAACAAAGGAGGAAGAGGAAACCAAACUGGUCAAGUGAUGAAACACUGCGCUUGGUUAACAUCAUGGCAGAAAAACGAUAUAUAAUAAAGGGACGGUUUCAUCCUUCCCUGACCCGUGCAGAUAAGAAACGUGCAUGGGAAGACAUUACGAACUCUGUAAAUGCACGCAAUUUACAUGUGAAAAGAACUGAAGAAGAAGUUGUAAACAAAUGGUUUACAGUGCUGUCCCACUCACGGAAGAGGAUUGCUAAUAUCAACAAGGAGCAGAAUCAAUCAGGUGCUGGUGGCCUUGAAGCAACUCCCCUGGAUCCCAUCAACUUGAAGGUUCAAGAAAUGAUUGGGGAGAAGAGUGUAACUAUUGGUGGCAUUUCUCAUGUCAAAGGAACCCUGUUGAGGUUGCAGAAGCUGCGGGCCAACAGGGCACGUGACCAACAGCAGGUGACCCAUCAGCAGCAGCAGCACCAGGAGGACCACCAGCAGCAGCAGCACCAGGAGGACCACCAGCAGCACCAGCACCAGGAGGACCACCAGCAGCAGCACCACCAGGAGGACCACCAGCAGCAGCACCACCAGGAGGACCACCAGCAGCAGCACCAGGUAGACCACCAGCAGGACCCCCACCAGGAGGACAGCCAACAGUAUCAGCUCCAGGAGGUGCAUCAGCAGCAGGAGGAGGAGUUGGUGAUCCCUUCACCACAACUAGUGGCUGAUGAUAGUAGCAAUGUUCAAAUAAAUUAUUUGGACCUUGCCGCAGCAAAUGCAAACUCAGUUUACAGGGACGAAAAGCGUAGGCUGAAGCUGCUCAAGGAAAAAGCCAAGAUUGAGUACUGGCAAGAAAGAGCAAAAUACUACAAAAAUAAAAGAACUUAAGACUUUGCAUAAUCUUACUUUUUCUCAUGUGGAAUAAAAC